AUGAGUGUCCGUCUAGCUGUUCCCAAGGCCCCAUCUCACGGCUCGACCGUAGAGGGAGGUGGUGAUGUCGAGAUUACUGCAACAGAGAAGCACGACGAUAUCAUCACACUGACAGUAAUUCAUGGGUUGGCACUUCCUGAUACCGAGGAAGGGAAGCGAAAGCGCUUCUGGUGGCAAAGAGCCCCCAAGCGAGACCCAAACGCAAUCGCAACGCAGAUUAGUGUCUUCGAUGAUCCAGCUACUGCAGCGCAAUACCAGCCGCGCGCUGACUGGGAGAACAUCCACCGAUUCAACCCAGACGCACGUUGGACCUGGGGUGAGGAGCGCAAGAUCGUGCGCAAGAUGGACCUAUACAUCACUGUGUUUGCAUGUGUGAUGUUCAUGGCUCUCCAGUUGGACCGCGCCAACCUUUCGCAGGCCAAUUCGGACAACUUCCUGGGUGAUCUGAAUAUGAAUACUAAUGAUUAUAACCUCGGGAAUACAGUGCAAAAAGUGUGCUUCCUACUGGCAGAGAUUCCCUCGCAGCUGAUAGGCAAAAGAAUUGGUCCUGACCGCUGGAUUCCAACCCAGCUUCUCCUGUGGUCUAUUGUUUCUGCCGCACAGUUCUGGCUAAAAGAUAGAGCAUCUUUCCUUGCUUGUCGUGCCAUUUUAGGUCUGCUACAAGGAGGUUUCAUCCCCGAAACCGUCCUUUUCCUGUCGUACUUUUAUACUCACCGUGAGCUUUCGCUGCGAUUGAGCUUUUUCUAUAAUGCAAUUAGCCUAGCAGAAAUAAUUGCGGCAUUCCUCGCUGUUGGCUUGCUCUCCAUGGAUGGAGUACACGGUGCAGACGGCUGGCGCUGGCUAUUUUUGAUCGAGGGAUUGAUCACCUUUGUCGUCGCUUUGUUGGCAUUCAUCCUCCUACCGCCCGGUCCGACGCAGACCAGCGGUGGGCUGCGAGGCAAAGAUGGAUGGUUCACAGAACGAGAAGAGACUAUCAUCGUCAACCGACUCAUACGCGAAGACCCCGGCAAAGGAACAAUGCACAAUCGACAGCCCAUUUCGCUGAAACUAUUGUGGCAGAGUCUCACAGACUAUGAUCUAUGGCCGAUGUUCCUUAUCUCGCUUCUUUUCCAAACCCCUGCUAGCCCGCCAGGAACGUACUUGACUCUUUCGUUGAAGGACCUUGGUUUCAAUACCAUUCAGACCAACCUGUUAACCAUCCCCUACAUCACGGGAACCAUGAUCACUAUGUGGUCCUUGACAUACGUCUCUGAAGUUCUUGGCGAGCUCUGCUUGAGCGCGCUGUUCGCUCAGAUCUGGGUCUUCCCUUUCUUAAUCUAUAUUAAUGUUGUAGAUAUGACCACCAUCAACAAAUGGAAAUCAUGGGUUAUCACCUCCCUCCUUCUGUCGUAUCCGUCAGCCCAAGCGUUACAGGUCGGUUGGGUCUCUCGAAACUCCAAUGUCGUUCGUUCUCGCGCCAUCUCCGCCCCUAUGUACAACAUGUUCAAUCAAGUUGGCGCCAUCAUCGCUAGCAAUAUUUACCAAGAUAGUGACGCUCCUCGAUAUGCGACUGGUAACAAGGUUCUCCUAGCUUUGCUAGUUGUUAACAUCUUCGUCUACCUUUUCACAAAAGUUUACUACGUCCUACGCAACCGCCACCGUGAAGAGAAAUGGAAUGCCAUGACGAAAGAGCAAAAGGUGCAUUACCUCGAUACAACGACUGACGAAGGCAAUAAACGGUUAGACUUUCGGUUUGCCCAUUAG